AUGGAUCUUUCGAAUGCUGGCGACGAUGAUCGCGCUGUUGGCGAGGGCGACUUGGGCUCCUGUCAAGGCUGUCGGAAGCGCAAGCUGAAGUGUUCGAGAGGAGUCCCAGUGUGUUCCCAUUGCCAUCGACUAGGUUCAUCGUGCGUCUAUGACGGGAAGAAGAACAAGCCGGGACUAAAGCCUGGGGCCGUAGAGGGACUUAGCCGCCGCAUCGACGCGCUGGAGAAUGCGCAUCUCGAGAAACAGAGAGACGGGGAGCGUCUUGAGACUUCUCUCAACGUCCUGUCAAACCUGAGCAUGCAAUUAUGCAACCUCAUCAGCAAAACCGGGUCUCUGGCAUCCAUGGCAACCCCCGAACAACCAGUCGGUCAUACGAACACCCACACCGCAUCACCAGCGAGCUCGGUAUCAUGGCAGAACCACGAGGCGCCCAACUCCACCGGCCCGUCGACGAUGCGCCCGCGGAAGCGGAGACGUCUAGACAGCUGCGGGAAUCCACAGCUCGAAAUCCAACUCCCUCUUGAGGAUUUGACCGAUGCCGCUUCGAAUCUUCCUCCGCCAGAUUUGCUGGAGGAUGUCGUUGGCUCAUACUUUACCUACAUCCAGCCUUGGAUCCCUAUCCUGCACGAGACCUAUUUCAGAGCUCGGAUACACGAUACUGAGCAGAGACCGAAUCUCACUGUUGUUUUGCAUGCUAUAGUAGUUGCGGCGAUCCGAUUUGUACAACCGGAAGGUCAAAGUUUCAGUUCUCACGAUCUAGAAAGCUGGGCAAAGAAGUCAAGAAGUAUCGUCCUACUUACCGCUAUGAACGGGUUAUCGGUGGAGAACCUCCAGGCAUUGAUCAUUAUUGCAUACGACGAUAUUGGUCAUGGCAACGCUUCUAAAGCCUGGUCAAUUAUCGGCUCAUUGACUAGAACCGUGGAAUACCUUCAACUCAGCAUCGAAUGCGAAGAGCACGAUACGCAGCCACUUCUAAAACCUCUCCUGUCCUUGCUUCCAACUCGACAGUGGGUCGAAGAGGAAGAGAGGAGGCGAGUAUUUUGGAGCAUCUUCAACUUGGAUCGCUUUUGUUCAGUCACAACAGGUUGGAAUACCAGUCUUACGGCAGACGAUGUCCACCGAAGGCUCCCUGCUGACGGGGAUCUAUGGCACAAGGAAGAGGCUGUCACUACUCCAUACUUUGGAAUAUGGGAUCGAUCCGCUGCCAAGAUUGGAAACUCGAUUGCAUUUCUACCAACCGGCUAUUCUGGCUCUGAUCACACUACCCAGUCAGCAAUGCAACAUGGCUCGCCACAGUCUACAUCCCACACUGCCGGAGCACAACCGGACAUGUCGGGGGUAGGGGCGUUUGCUUACUGCAUCGAGGCAACCGAGUCGUUGAGUCGAGUGACGACAUUCUUCUUGCAGCAGAGAAUCAAUUUUCAUGAUCGGCAGGAGGUCAGUAGCUGGCUCACGCGAUUCAAAGAACUCGACCUCCGCCUGGUACAUUGGAAAAUGUUUCUCCCUCAAAGGUGGAAGGACUCCAAUAUCUCUCGCCAGCCGACGAUCAUUACCAUGGACCCGAACCUUACGCUCGCUCACGCAACACACAAUACGUCCAUGAUCCUACUACAUCAACGCAUCGCAUAUCCACCGGCCGAUUGGACGAAUAUCGUGGAACUUCCAAGCAUGUGCAGCGCUGAAAUUUGCUGUAAUGCUGCAAUGGAGAUACAGAAUAUCGCCGCAAAGUAUCUGAAAAACACACCCAGCAUAAGUCCCGUCGGAAACCAAUUCGCCUUUUGUGUAUUCGUCGCUGCAAGAGUGUUACUGGUUCAUAGGAGGUAUUACGGCUCCGACCUUCCUCGGGAACUCUGGCUACUCGUUGAAAGCUUGGAUGGGAUGGCGAAAAGAUGGCAAGGGUCAACUCAGCCCGCAAACGGCAAAGGACGAUCUCUGGCAGGCAUCUACGCGGACCAUCUGCGAGAACUGCACAGGAGAUGCGCCGCAGACCCGAACUUCAGUGUAGACGUGCUUGGUUAUUCGACCAUUAUUUCGAAUCAGAAUGCUGUACCGGCGCGUGGUGGAUUGACCCAGCAGAGCCAGCAGCGGCAAGAUGGAGAGGUUGAACAGCAGACACCACGAACGAGCUUCAAUAAAAGCAACACUCUUCUCGGUACGCAGUCACACCCUGCUAACGACGAGGCCACAGAAGCCAUUCCGCCAGACAGGGUAGCGCCAAUGGGGUACAGCACAAGCAAUGGAUCUCCAAACGAUGAGCUUUCCGCCAUAUCCUACAUGCUUCUCGACCAGAGUUUCAUGGACAUGGAUCGAGUUAUCAGCCUUGAUGAUAUGCUGUUCUCGAUUAAUACACCCCCAGCGGCUGGCUCAACAAUGCCUGUCGGUAUGCCAUAG